AAUUUUGGUGGGUGCACCUCGAGCAGAUUCCGGCCAACCAGGUACCGUGAAUGCCGGUGCUGUCUACUCAUGCCCUAUAACGGCUACUUAUACGAACAGGGGUAAACAAUGGUGCGAGCAAAUAGUUGUGGAGUAUGCAGAUUCAGAAAGGAUGAAAGAGCCGGUUGGUUACGUUCACGGAAGACAACUCCACUUCGAAGGCAAAAAUCGACAACUUCUCGGUGCGGUUGUUGCAUCCUCCGGAUUACGGAAUGGAAUCGCU